AUGUUCCAUCAGGUCUGGUCGCCUUUUCUGGGUGACAGCAUCUUCACGACCGAUGGCAAGACGUGGCAGGACAACCGGUCGUUGAUCAGACCCAUGUUCAUCAAAGAUCGUGUUAGCGACCUGGCGAUUUUCGAUAGGUGGACAAACACCAUGAUGUCCAAGUUCCCCGCCUCGGGAGUCACCUUUGACAUCAUGGAUCUGUUUUACCGAAUGACGCUGGAUGUCACGACGGACUUCUUGCUGGGCCAUAGCGUUAACAGCCUUGAAAACCCGAAGAACCAUUUCGCCCAUGCCUUUAACGAGGUCCAGAGCUACCAGAUGUUCUAUACCAUCAUGGCCCCGUUUGAGUCCAUUCUUCCCCAUGGAAAAUAUAAGCGCGGUAUCCGUAUAAUUGAAGAGUUUGUCGUACCUUACAUCAACGAGACUCUCGCAUUGCCACCUGAUGAACUCGAGAAGCUCUCAAAGUCGGAUAAAUCCUUCACUUUCCUCCACAACAUAGCUCGUUUCACACGCGAUCCUAAGAUUAUCCGCGACCAGCUUAUCGCCAUCCUCUUGGCAGGCCGUGACACCACUGCCGCAACACUCUCCUGGACCAUUUAUGAGCUUUCCCGGUACCCCGCCACGUUCGCCAAGCUCCGAAAUGAGGUACUGUCAAUCCUAGGGCCCAACAAGACACCUACGUAUGAGGACUUGAAGAACAUGAAGUAUCUCACGAACUGCCUCAAUGAGACGCUGCGUCUGUAUCCGGCCGUUCCAUUCAACGUUCGCUCUGCUUUGGCGACGACGACGCUGCCCGGACAAAACGGCGGCCCAGAUAUUGCGGUUUUGCAGGGCGAUUCAGUAGUUUAUAGCACCUUGGCCAUGCAAAGACGGAGAGAGCUGUACCCUGAGGUGUCAGAGAAGUUUGCGGAUCCGGCGAUAUAUUCCCCAGAGAGGUGGGAGCAUUGGACGCCGAAGCCGUGGCAGUACGUCCCGUUCAACGGUGGUCCGAGGAUUUGUGUCGGUCAGAAUUUCGCCAUGACCGAGAUGGCCUAUACCUGUGAGUUUGUUCCUUUUCCAUAUUGA